ACCUCGGUACUUACUUACUCUGUGUCUGUCUCGCAGUUUGUUAGGUACAUACAUAUUUUCCUGUUUAUUUUUUAAUAUGGAAAAUCGUGUGCAAUGCUAACAUAUUGUGAAACUUAAUGAGUAAUAUUUAAUUUACAGUUGAUUGAUAACUUUUUAAAAUGAAAUCCGAUGUUUGUUUUUCAGUGCAAAUUCCUUAUAAGUUAUAUAAAAGCGACAGUGGCGGAAUUAAAUUUCAGUUACAUCCAAAUGUUAACUUAACACAUCAUGAGGAAAAUCCUGCUAUUUAUCUAAUCAGUAAAAAUUGUCCACAUGAAGAUCUAUACGAAAUACUUCUAAAUUAUGUAACAAGAACAGCAUAUAUAACAACAUUAGAAAAGGUUACUACAAGUCUACCACUACCAAGUCAUGUGAUUGAUACUAAUGAGCCGUUGCAUUUGUGGAUUACCUGGCAUGAUCAAGAGAUAUCUAUGGGUGUUAUGAAUGAAAAACCAUUUUUUGUUUAUCCUCGCAACAUAACUGGUGGGAAAGCUGCUGAAAGUUUUAUUGGAUAUAUAAAAUUUAAAACAACAUACAAAAUUGAUUGGAGGGUUGAAGAAUCUCCACGGAUGUUCAAAUCGCUUGUCAACAGUAAUCCUGAUAUAGUGGAUGGCAAAUUACAUUGGGUUGGUAUUGAAAAUAAUCAGCUCCCAUUAGAUGCAUUUAUUGGAGGCUUUGAAGGCAACCCCUUAUAUGUGGCAAGAGCUAUGUAUGCAGGUUCUUUAUGUCCGGGAAAAUAUGUACCUUCACUUGGGAGAGCUUUUGUAGCUUGGGGUGGACAAGCGCAUGAAAAGCGAAACUUUCAGAUACUGUGUGGUUAUAAUGCAAAAUGGGUCAAGUGUCAAAAUAAUGAUAUACCAGAAAAUGCCUUUGUUGCUGGUACUUCUGAAGUGAGGAAUGAACCUCUAUACAUUGGCAGAGCUAUGAUUGAUGGAAACUUGGUAGUUGGAAAAGUUCAUAUGCUGUAUAAGACAUGCUACUUGCCUUACAAAGGUGAAGAAGUAGAAAAAUAUGAAUAUGAGAUUCUAGUUGAUAUGAGUUUAAAACCUAGGGGGUAUCCAUGUAUAAAAGAGUGUAAAGUAAAUCUUAAGAGCCCUAAUCAAACCUGUAUAUAUAUCAAUAAAGAUAUCUCUAAGUAUUGCAUUCAUUCAAUUGGCUACAUUGUUAUAAGAAAUUGUUUGUUUAAGGAAACCAUGGGUGAAAUUGUUGAAUUUACUACUCUACCAUCACACCAAAACGUUUCAUACAAAUUAUCUGGAAGUGGUUUGAUAUUGCACAUUAAAUCUCGAGGUGGUGCUGCUAUUGGAAUAUCUAAGAAACUAAAGUAUCACUGCAACUAUUGGGUUUAUAUUGCACGCGAGGGUAGGACUUGGAUAAAAGCCAGCGAUGAAGAGGAUGAUGGAGAUAACCACAAUAUUGCCUAUAUACCAAAUGUAUUAUCUGCAAAUGAGUACAAGCAGUUUUGGCUAUUAUGGAGUAAUGAUGCAUUAAAACUAGGUGUUGUUGGCAAUCCAGUAGCGAUUGCCACUAAAUCCCAUAUUGUAUUGGACAAUAUAAAAUAUGUCACAUUUUCUGGUUUUGGAACUUCAGUACAAUGGAAAUUGUUGUUGCCACCAUCAAUUGAAAAGCCACUGUCUGUAGAAUUCAAUUCAGGCAAAGCUCAUUGGGUGUCUGCUGAUAUCCAAUUGCCUGAUGAUUCAUUUAUAGGAGGAUAUGAAAAUGAAUUCCUGUAUAUAAUCCGAUCUAAACAUAGGGGUUCUCUGACACCUGGCAAAUUUGUACCAUCCUUGGGCCUUGGUUUUAUAUCUUGGGGUGGCCAGUCUCAUGAGAAAUCUGAAUUUGAUGUUCUUUGUGGAUAUAACUUAACAUGGGUUAAAUCAAAGUACAACAGAAUACCCGUAGAGGCGGUAGAAGCGGGCUACUCGGAAGGCUACAAUUCUGAAGUGCUUUACGUUGGACGGGCGAGUCAUCAAGGCGUUAUUAUACCAGGAAAAGUACAAGCGUCACAUAAAGUCUGCUAUAUUCCAUAUCAAGGAGAUGAAGUAGCAAUAAGCGAAUUUGAAAUUUUAAUCCAACCCCACUCCAACAAAUAUAUAACUGAUAAAUAUUAUCGUACUGUCGAGUUUGACGUUGCUUCCGAAUCGUAUUCUGAUGAUGAUUUUGACUAAGCUGCAAGCUUUGCCCACGAUACAUAAGAUAAAAACAUGGCGUUUGUCUGUUAUCCAACAGACCAUCAUACUCCUCUUACAUUUAAUUGGUGCGUUUAAAACAACAAAAAAUGACUUGUUUAUAUUUGGAUUCUGGUAAUAUGUAAAAAAAGAGUACGAGUCGGACUAACGAUAUUAGAUAUCAAAGUCUUAGAAUACCUAGUAUAGUAUUAUGUUAUCUGUUGUAAUACUUAUAACGACGGAGAGUAGAUACUCUAGAAUUUCGUGUCUAUAUAAAAUUGUAUUAUGAUUGAAUUUUUUGUCAGCGAAGAAUUCAAUAUUAUAAAGACUUAGAUGUAAGGUGAUUUGUUUAAUUUUAA